CCAAACAAAAACCGAGACACAGGGGGUUGUUGCUGUGCUCACACCUAUCAUGGGAGGAAAGGGCAGGAGGACUUUUGGAGGAAGGCCAGGAAGAGUUGGAAGGAAAAUGAUGCUCUUGGCGUGCUUGUCGGUGUCGGUGCUUCAGCAAUGCACGGCGUUCGUCCAUCCCGCUGUCCUGCAGCAAAGGAUGUCGCUGAGAGCGUCCCCUAAUGAUGCCGCGACCCACAGGCGAGCCGUGUCUGCACUGAGCAUGGCGAAGAAAGGCGGGUCGGGUGGGUCCAAGCGAAAGAAAAAGAAGGCGGCAGCUGUCGAGGAUGUGGGAAGUGCGGCGACGAUUAGCACGAGGGCGGUGCCUACAUCUUCUUCGGAGGACGAUGACUACGAAGACGCGGGCGCACCAAUGAUGGCGAGCGGUGGAGGGUUCGCUGACGUCAAGACGGCGAAACGAGGUGAGAUUCUGCAAGACGGUGCGAUCGGAAGCGACGACGCGAGGGAGGCGAAGAUCGAAGAGACUUUGAGAAAAAUGGGCGUGCAGAGCAUCGGUCAGGUUCGGGCGGCGAAAGCGAAGGAGGACAAGGAAAACAAAAGCGUGGGCCAGCAAAUUACCUCCAUUUUCGAUCUCAUCCCACCUGAGACGCAACUGGUGAUGGAGAGGGUCUUCAUCGCGGGCUUCGCGGUGUGCUUGCUGUUCUUGGUUGCCUGUGGGUGUGCAAUAGGAGUUGAGGCGUAUUUCCUGUCCACCAACGGGAAGCUGCCUCCAGAUCUCGACAAGUUCAUCGUUGGGACGCUCGAGCCCUUGUUCACGCCCAGCUUGGGGGCCACCUUCUUGUUCUCGAGCUGCCUUGGGGUGCUCAAGCUCGGGCAGAUGGGGCAGGAGAGCGUCGUAUACCGGGAAGAUGACUAGAUUAAUAUUUUGUUUGAAGUCAAGCCAUCUAUGCAUACUACUAUUCAAAAAAGUAUGCUACUCUAGAAUAGUACCUCCAAGUACAAAGCACAGCCAGGCAUCGUCCAGCGACUGGAUCUCUCUGCGGCCUUGUUCACUCGUUUAUGUCGCUGUAGUAGGAUGUGAUCCGGAACGAACAGCAAGAGCAAGCCCAUGGCCAUGGCCAUCGAAUGCAUGGGAUCGAUCUGCCUUGCGGGAAAUACGUCAGCCUGUUGUGGGGAAGAUGGAGACCGUCGUGUUGUGGGGAAGAUGGAGACUGGCUGAGACCAGGUCCUCUGCAAACCGGUCGGUCCCACGGUACCACGGCACUGUGUGUUACGGGUGCCGGGCAGUUUGGCAUGCGGCACGCGAGGUCUUCAUGUGCUGCUGUAUCUCGCCGAGAGACGACACCUCACUGCCGGAAGUCUUAUUCCAACUGUGUAGAAGAGGCUGGUGCAUCUGUGGAGUGCUUGGUCAUGCACAUAUUCCAGGGCCAUAUUUUUGGUGUACGUGUGCGCGUUCAUGGUGUUAUUCUUGGUGUAUUUCGGUGUGGAACAGUUCUUGUGUCGCUGGCCAAAAAUAGACUGACGACAGAAUCGCGUGGGAGC